AUGCCUCUGCCCCUGGGCCGUCUCGCCUGCCUGUACCUGCUGCUCCUGCUCCUGCCCGUGCAGGAGUCUCACCAGACAGCGGCCGACUUCCGCCUCUACGUGGAGAACCACACACGGCCCCUGGACGAGGUGAGCCACCGGCAUGUCCGCGUCUACCAGCUGUACAGCCGCAGCAGCAGCGGGCACCUGCAGGUCCUCGGCAAGCAGGUCCGUGCCAACGGCGAGGACGGCAACAAAUACGCGCUGCUGGCCGUGGAGAGCGACACCUUUGGGAGCCACGUUCGCAUCAAGGGCAAGGAGACGGGCUACUACGUCUGCAUGGACAGGAGAGGGAAGGUGCUGGGCAAGCUGGACGGGCGGAGCCGGGGCUGUGUCUUCGUGGAAGAAGUCCUGGAGAACAACUUCACGGCCUUCAUGUCGGCCGGGCACCGGGGCUGGUUCCUGGGCUUCACCCACAAGGGGCGGGCACAGAGGGGGCCGCGCACCCACCGGACCCAGCGCGAAGGGCACUUCAUGAAGAGGCCCCCCAAGGGCACAGGGGGCGAGGGGCAGAGCCCAUUCCGCUUCACCGCCCUCACCCCGCGGACUAAGCGGGCCCUGGGGCCCUAG